AUGAGGAAACACAUGAGAAAACAUGAUGGAAAAAUCGAGAAGACACACAGCUGUACAAUAUGUAGUCAGAGCUUCAAAUCUCCGGGUGAAUUAGAAGUUCACAACAGAAAACAUACUGGUGAGCUCCCUUACACAUGUGAGGUUUGUGGGAAAGGAUUUAGAGGAUUCAAUAAUCUAUCGCUUCAUAUGAAAAUACAUACUGGAGAAAAACCGUUUGAUUGUAAAAUAUGUGGUAAAAAUUUCGUAACGAAGACACACCUGAAUGGUCACAUUAGAAGACAUGACCAAAGACCAAACUGUUGCACAGUAUGUAAGAAAAUGUUCAAACUGCCGGAUGGUUUGGCUACACACAUGAAAAUACAUACGGAUGAAAAACCAUAUAUUUGUGUAACAUGUAAUGAGACUUUUGGAGACAAAAAAGAACUCAAAAAACAUACACGAGGUCAUAGAGAAAGAUCGAAGCCGAAACAAUUUACAUGUCGUAUAUGUAAUAAAACAUUAAGGCGUAGUAGCCUGACAACCCAUAUGAGAGUACACACUAAUGAGAAACCCUUCAUCUGUAAAAUAUGCGGGAAAGGAUUUAAACAGGUUAGUAAUCUUAAAACUCAUAUGAAAAUGCAUACCGGCGAAAAAUCACACAAAUGUGAUAUAUGUGGCGAGAGUUUUCGAUUUCCAAGUAUCCUUUUGAACCAUAUACGAGUACAUACAGGUGAAACACCUUACACGUGUAUUACAUGUGGUAAAGGAUUUACUUCAAAACAACGUUUGAAUUCCCACAUAGAAAUACACACAGAUAUAAAGCUUUUCAAGUGUGACAUUUGUGGUAAAACCUUAAGACGGAGCCACCAUUUUGAUAGUCACAAGAGAACCCAUACUGGCGAAAAACCGUUUAAAUGUGAAGAAUGUGGUAAAUGUUUUAGUGAGAACGGUGCACUGAAAGGACACAUGAGAACACAUACAGGUGAAUUACCAUACGAAUGUGAAAUAUGUAAUAAAAAGUUUGCCUAUCUUAGCAAUUUACAAAGGCACGUCAAGAAAACACACUAUGGCGAAAAGCCAAGAUGUUGUAUUACCUGCGGAAAAAGGUUUGGAGAUAACGCCCAGUUAAAAGUUCACUUGAGAACACAUAGAUAUGCACGAGAAUGGGUUGUACAAUUCUGA